AUGAAUGCUCAUAUGGAAGGCGGUUCCACGACUCGCCCACCACUGCUUAUUGGAACCAAUUACUCUUAUUGGAAGACCAAGAUGAAGAUGUUCAUCAAGUCAAUAGAUGAAGAUGCAUGGCGCACAGUUCUGACUGGCUGGAAACGACCUGUUGCCACAGAUGAAAAAGGAAUUCAAACUGAGAAACAUGAAAAAGACUGGAGCAAAACUGAACAGAUUGCCGCAAAUAUGAAUUCCAAAGCAUUGAAUGUCAUAUUCAAUGGAAUUGAUAUCAAUCAAUUCAAAAUCAUCUCAGCAUGUGAGUGUGCCAAGGAAGCAUGGGAAAAACUUCAAACAGCCUAUGAGGGGACUACCUCUGUUAGAUUAUCAAAACUUCAGAUGCUUGCUACUCGUUUUGAGGAUCUUCGGAUGGAGGAAACUGAAACCAAACGUAGGGCGAGCUCUGAGGCGAUGACUGCUGCUUUGGCGAGCUCUCAGGGAUGA